AUGACGACAACCCAUCAAGAAAUCACCCAAGUCGUAGUGCUCAAGGCCGAGGCCGCUGGUGAGCCCAUUGCAAACACAGUGGUCCUCACUCAGGUAGCCACCGAUGGCGACGAGAUCACUGUUGCAACUACCACCAAGUCCGAGUGUCCCAAGACUGAAGACACGGUCAACUAUUCAGACACCGUCCCCUCCUAUUCCGCACGGCAAGUGGCCGAGCACAAGUCCGCCACGGAUCUGUGGAUUAUCGUGGAUAAUGACGUAUACGAUGUCACGAGGUUCCAGCAUGAGCAUCCUGGAGGACAUAAAGUAAUGGCCGGCGUGGCUGGCAAAGAUGCCACAAAGAAGUUUGACAAGUAUCAUCGACGCGGAAUACUAGAAAAGUACAAGAAAGAUUUCAAGAUUGGUAUAUUGGCGACGGAACCCUUGGGCCAAGAGACCAGGAGUGGCCUAUUUGGAAUUCUCAAGGCUCGAAAGAAAUAA